GUCAUCAUCGCCAUGAUGACAUCAUCACUCAUGCUGUUGGCGUGCUUGAACCUGGCGUGCUCACAGGCUCCUCCCACCAACCACACGCCGACCAAUCACAGCAAAUGUGGCGGCAGCAGCGAGUGCAAAGAUGGCGUCAUCUUGUCGGUGUGGCGGCCCGAAGACCCCACCUUCUCCGAGCGGGUGGCUCGGGCCAGCAUCUAUUUUGCGGGCUUGGCGUACAUGUUCCUGGGCGUGUCCAUCAUCGCCGACCGCUUCAUGGCGUCCAUCCAGGUCAUCACGUCCCAGGAGAGGCGGGUCAGCAUCAAGAACGCCAACGGCCAGAAGGAGAUCACCACCGUGAGGGUCUGGAACGAGACCGUGUCCAACUUGACGCUCAUGGCGCUGGGGUCCUCGGCACCAGAAAUCCUGCUGUCCGUGGUGGAAGUCUGCGGUCACAACUUUGACGCCGGCGAGCUGGGCCCCAACACCAUCGUGGGAAGCGCCGCCUUUAACAUGUUCGUCAUCAUCGGCCUCUGCGUCUACGUCAUCCCCGACGGGCAAACGCGGCGAAUCAAACACUUGCGCGUCUUCUUCGUCACGGCCGCCUGGAGCGUCUUCGCCUACAUCUGGCUCUACCUCAUCCUGGCCGUCUUCUCGCCGGGCGUCGUUCAGAUCUGGGAGGGGCUUCUCACGCUCUUCUUCUUUCCCGUGUGCGUGGGCUUGGCGUACGUCGCCGACCGCCGCCUGCUCUUCUACAAGUACGUGUACAAGCGCUACCGAGCUGGGAAGCACAGGGGCGUCAUUAUCGAGACCGAAGGACGGCCGGAUUUUCCCUCCAAAGCGGACGUGGAAAUGAAUGUUGGAAGCUUCCUGCCGGGGGGCCGGGAGCUGCGACGGGGCGAAGAGCUUCGACAGGGUGAGGAAAUGCGACGGGGCAGGGAGCCACCGCGGAGCAAGGAGGAGCUGCAAAGGGACGAAGAGCUUCUGCAGGGUGAAGAGCGGCAACGGACGAAGAGCUUCUGGAGGUUGAAAGCGAAGCAGCUGAUGGCGUUCAACACCCAGCUGGCCACGACAGGAACAGCCGACGUCCCAAAGAAGAUGGCGGCCCACCAGACAAGAACAAACAGGUCCUCCUGCGAGGUCUUCUUCCAGUCCUCCAGCUAUCAAUGCGUGGAGAACUGCGGCAGCGUGGCGCUGAACGUGGUUCGACGAGGCGGCGGCCUCAGUGCGACGGUCGCCGUGGACUACCACACACAAGACGGCACCGCCAUCGCCGGGUCAGACUACCGCUCGGCCCGCGGAACCUUGGUGUUCGCAGCAGGCGAGACGGUCAAGGAGAUCCUCAUCGACAUCAUGGAUGACGACAUCUUUGAAGAAGAGGAGCACUUCCUGGUGCACCUGAGCCAGGUGAGGCUGACGUCCCACCAGGAAGAAGAAGAAUCCCACGUCACUUUAGGUGUGUCCUCCACCGCCACCGUCGCCAUCUUGGAUGACGACCACGCGGGCAUCUUCAACUUGGAGGAGGAGAUGCUGAGUGUGAGUGAAAGUGUGGGCGUGAUGGAGGUGAAGGUGCUGAGAAGUUCAGGAUCCAGAGGACUUGUUCUGCUGCCGUACAGAACCCUUGAAGGCAGUGCUAAAGGUGGAGGACGACACUUUGAGGACAAUCAUGGUGUCCUGCAAUUUCACAACAAUGAAAUAUGUCAGAAUGUGAGCAUCCAGGUGGUAGCAGACGAGCUGUACGAGAAGAACAAGAACUUCUUCCUGGAGCUCGGUGAGCCUCGUCUGCUGGAGAUGAGCCAGAGAAAAGCUGUUCUCCUCCAAGAAGAAGAAGGUGACCAGGACGUGCCCACCAAGGAGGACCAGGAGAGGCGCAUCGCUCAGAUGGGUCGACCUCAGUUGGGCCAAAACACCAAAGUGGAAAUCAUCAUCGAGGAGUCGUACGAGUUUAAGAGUGCGGUGGACAAAGUGAUGAAGAAGACUAGACUGGCCGUGCUGAUAGGAACAACAUCAUGGAGGCAACAGUUUGUGGACGCCAUGACAGUCACUGCAGGUGAUGAUGAUGAUCAAGAAGAAGAGAAGAAGGUUCCUUCCAGUCUGGACCUUGUUCUUCACUUCCUGACUAUCUUCUGGAAGCUUCUGUUUGCCUUAGUCCCGCCCACAGACUACUGCAGGGGCUGGCCCUGCUUCCUGGUGUCCAUCAUCAUCAUCGGGGUGUUGACCGCCUUCAUCGGGGACCUGGCCUCUCACUUUGGCUGCACGGUGGGCCUCAAGGACUCUGUCACCGCCGUGGUCUUUGUCGCCUUGGGCACCUCCGUACCAGACACCUUUGCCAGCAAGACGUCGGCCUGCCAAGACCAGUACGCCGACGCCUCCAUCGGCAACGUGACAGGAAGUAACGCCGUCAACGUGUUCCUGGGCAUCGGUGUGGCCUGGUCCAUUGCUGCCGUCUACCAUUACUCCCAGAACCAGGAGUUCAGGGUGGACCCGGGAACGCUGGCUUUCUCCGUCACGCUCUUCACCAUCUUCGCCUUCAUCUGCAUCGCCGUCCUCCUCUACCGGCGCCGAGCCGGGAUCGGCGGAGAACUGGGCGGGCCGCGGGUGCCCAAGAUGUUGACCACGGCUUUGUUCUUCAGUCUGUGGUUGAUGUACAUCAUCUUGUCCUCGCUGGAGGCCUACUGUCACAUCCAAGGCUUCUAGUCUGCUCCAACAUGGAUGCCCAGCUCUUGGUUACAUGACCAAACCCCGCCCCCAUGGGAACAUGUUUGGAUAUUAGCAUUAGCAUUAGCACACGAUAGUAAACACAUUCAACUCAAGUCGUCUGUUUUGGAAUUUUUA